ACAAAGAUCUGUACAAGGACGUCAUGAUGGAGGAUCACCAGCCUCUCACAUUACCAGUUAAGGAAGAGAGAAGAACACCGGAGAGAUGUCCUAGUCCUCGUCUUCCACAUGAUGGUUCAGAAGAACCUGUCAACAAUGUCCCACAGGAUGAUCAGCUUGUGAAUCCGGGUGAAGAUCUGAACAUUAUAUAUGUUACAGAGACAUAUGUGAGGAGUGAUGACCAGAGUAUAGAGGAUAUUCCUACAGAUAACCAACCAGAUGACUGUACCAGGAGCUCAACUGGACACCUACGGUCUUCAGAUUUUAAAGCAGAUGAUCUUGGCAUCUUACAAGAUACUUAUGAAAAGAAUGCCAUUGUCCCAUAUACAUCAGCAUUUGAAAACAGCAAUCAAUCAUCUGAUCCUUUUCAAUGUGUCCUACCUUUUGAUUUGUCACAGGCUGUUACCCAAAUGAAAGAACAUAGAAAGGAGGAACAUACAAGAACUCACACAAGGGAGAAGCCAUUAUCCUGUUCAGAAUGUGGAAAAUAUUUUAAACGGAAAUCAGAUCUUGUUAAACAUCAGAAAAUUCACACAGGAGUGAAGCCGUAUUCAUGUUCAGAAUGUGGGAAAUGUUUUAAACAUAAAUGGGAACUUGUUAGACAUCAGAGAAUUCACACAGGGGAGAAACCAUUUUCAUGCUCAGAAUGUGGAAAAUGUUUUAAACAUAAAUCAGAUCUUGUUAAACAUCAGAUAACCCACACAGGGGAGAGACCAUUUUCAUGUUUAGAAUGUAGGAAAUGUUUUACCAAUAAAUCAUAUCUUGUUAUACAUCAGAGAAGUCACACAGGGGAGAAGCCAUAUUCAUGUUCAUAUUGUGGAAAACAUUAUAGCGUUAAAUAUGCUCUUGAAAAACACAAAAGAAUUCAUACAGGGGAGAAACCAUAUAUAUGCUCAGAAUGUAGAAAAUGUUUUGUUCAGAAAUCAGAUCUUGUUAUACAUCAGAGAAUUCACACAGGGGAGAGGCCAUACUCAUGUUCAGAUUGUGGAAAAAGUUAUAGAGUUAAAUCAGAGCUUGUUAUCCAUCAGAGAACUCACACAGGGGAGAAGCCUUUUUCAUGUUCAGUGUGCGGGAAACACUACAGCGUUAAAUCACAUCUUGUUACACAUCAGAGAACUCACACAGGAAAGAAGCCAUUUCCAUGUACAGAAUGUGACAAAUGUUUUACAUCUAAAAAAUUGCUUGUUAUACAUCAGAGACGUCACACAGGAGAGAAGCCAUUUCCAUGUUCAGAAUGUGGGAAAUGUUUUACAGCUAAACCAGAUCUUGUUAAACAUCUGAGAUAUCACACAGGGGAGAAGCCGUAUUCAUGUUCUGAAUGUGGGAAACGUUGUUAUGAUAAAUCAGAUCUUAUUAAACAUCAGAUAAUUCACACAGGAGAGAAACCAUUUUCAUGUUCAGAAUGUGGGAGAUGUUUUAAUCAGAAAUCAAACCUCAUUAAUCAUCAAAAAGUUCACACUGGGGAGAAGACUUUUGCAUGUACAGAAUGUGGGAAAUGCUUUGCUUUGAAAAAAUCUCUUGUUAGACAUCAGAUAAUUCACACAGGAGGUUUAACCGACAAAUACAAUUGUCUUAAACAUCAAUGAACUUACACAGGGAAGUAAAUAUAUCUUUGUGCCACCGUCAAAGUAAAGUCAGGAGAAAGGGAACGCAAUAUGGAGCAUUAAAUGUUAAGAAAUAUGUGAAAUUAUCAAUAAACAUCUGUUAUCCAAAAAAUGAAUAGAAUCCAGAUAACACGCCUAUAUACUAUUCCUGAUCGCCCUUGGCAGCACACAACAAAAUGGUUAAGAACCCUAGGUACAACUAAAUAGAGACACAUUAUUAAGCAGUAAUUAAUCAAUUGAGUCUUAAUCAACAGGCUAUAUAGCUUACCACAGG